AUGGAAGACGUGAUCGUCGUUCUAGACGGCGCUACUGAGGCGGCGGUGGAGACGGCUGUGGCACGCAAGACAUGUACUAAUUGCAACACCAAGCAAAACAUUGAGCAGUUUCUGCCUUCCAUCCGACGUACUCCUCUCGACGAGUUCAACCAAACGCAUGCGCUGCUCUCACUAGCUUACCCGACCCUGUUUCCUCGAGGGGUUGCGGACUUCGUUGAACCUAGACAGCACAAGAUCUCCUACCAGGAUUACAUCCAGCAUGCCAUGAAGUGGGAAGAUAGCCGAUUCGCUAAACAUCACAGCUUCCGAUUCAUCGCGCUAAACAGUCUGAUGAGGCAGCAGGCAAGGGGUCACAGUCGAUUCUACGUCAGCAAGAAUCACCGCACACCUCUUACGAAGGAAGCCCUUCAGGAGGCGCUUGCCGACCCAGACAGACCGGAAGCUCAGGCCAUUCUGAAUCGGAUUUCUCGUUUUGCUGGUGUCAUCAAAGGUACAAGUCCCUUUUGGUACCGUCGACGUCGCGAGUGCGAGUCUUUUGCGCACUACCUGGGUGUCCCCUCUACUUUCAUCACACUGAGCCCAGCCGAUCUGCAUUGGCAAAGCCUCUACCAGCACAUGCCCGAAUACGAGGAGUGGAAGGUGUCAGAACAAGCCCACGGCGGCUUGCGCCUAGGACCUGGGUCACCAGAGACGCAUGGCCAAGUCCGAGAGGUUGCCGAGGUCAUCAAGAGGCCUGGAAAGGGCUGGUGGUCGUUCGAAGCCGAGCGCAACGAUACCCACCUGAACCAGUACAAUCCACUCGUGCCUCUCUGCUGGCUGGCCAAUACAGACUGCUCGCCCUGCACGAGUGUGGAGGCUGUCAUCAACUACGCUGCGAAAUACUGCAGCAAGUCUGAGGCCCAGACCAGCACAUAUGCGCAGAUUGCACAGAACAUCCUGCCCCACAUAUCAGACAACAACCCGAUGGUUUCGUUCGUGUCGAAAUUGAUGAACAAACUAAUUGGGGAGAGGGACUACUCUGCGCAGGAGAUCUGCCAUAUCCUCCUGGGACUCCCUCUCCAAGAGGAUAGCCGAGUGGUCCAGAGUGUUGACUGUAGACCCCGCGAGAGGCAUGCUCGCCUAAUCGACAUCACGGCUGAUGGCGAUAUCCAGGAGUCUCAGACAGCAUACGAGAAGUAUCUUCGGCGGCCUGGCUCAAUGGGUGACGUCUCCUACUUCGAGUUCCUGCAAGACUGGAACUUGAAGGCGCGGAAUCCGGCGAGGUGGGCGAUCUGGCAGCCUCCUGCAAUGCCCAGGGUGUUGUAUUAUUACCCCCGAUACAAGCCGGUCCGUUCCCAUCAGCAGUACUCUGACUUCUGCCGCGUCAAGCCGCUCCUGAACCACCCCCAUCGCCAGUCCGAACAGUUGCUCGAGGUUGAUGAUCUGCAGCUUGACAACUACACUUCCGCAUAUCAAUACUGCCUCGAGCACCACGACCACCAGGACGACCACUACGGUACUGUCGACGAGCCCGAUCUGUUGCCGGAAGAGGAUGAAUUCGAGCGAGGGGAGGAUGCUGGGGACAUCACCCGUGAGGAUUGGCAGGAGGUGGCCCGGCUGGUCCCCGACCUCCAACUUCCCGAAGAACCAGCCGACUUGCUUGGACGCCGAGACAUUGAUGUCAAUUGCGACUGGACACGACACAUUGGUCGCUACUGGCACGAUCAGUCGAGGCAGCUUCCUAUGGCCGAGUUUCCCCAUUGUCAGGGCGGCCCCGACGGGCGUGGCGAGCAACCAGACGGGGGACAGACUCUGCAUUCCCUACUGCGGCUCCCCGUCGACGGAAAUUACCGCUCGCUCUCCGAGACUCCGACGACCCUGAACGCCCUACAGCGGCGGUCCAGGGGCAUCCACUACCUCGUGAUCGACGAGAAGAGCAUGCUGGGCCUCAAAACCCUCGCGUGGAUCGAUCAGCGCCUACGAGAGGUGUUUAAGCACGAGGGUGUGGGUGCGGAGAAGGUUGAGUCCUCAAAUGCCGGCAACUUGGCCAAGCGCUUUCCCUUGUGUGUUGGUUGCAGGGUGAUGCUAACGCGGAACUUGUGGGCCGACGUCGGGCUCGUCAACGGUGCGCAAGGCACAGUCUACGACAUAUCUUGGAAAGAAGGUGCUGACGUGCUGCGAGACCCGCCCGAGGUCAUCAUGGUGGCCUUCGACGACUACGACGGCCCCGCCUUCACGAUGCCGAACGGGGAGCCGCUCCGCAGUGGAGAGAAGCUGGUUGUUCCCAUCCUCCGAGUGCGGCAGGACUUCAUGGUCGGCGCCAACUCAUGUUCAAGAGAGCAGUUCCCGCUGUUGGUCAGCUAUGCGAUCACCGUCCACAAGUCACAGGGCAUCACUCUCGACAAGGUUGUCUGCGAUAUCUCUGCGCCGGAGUUCGCUUCUGGUCUCUCCUACGUGGCCGUUUCCCGGGUGAAGACACUGGGUGGGCUAAUGUUUGAGAAGCCCUUCGACCGCAACAGGAUCUAUCGCGAGACACCAUCACGAGCUAUGGGGUUGAAAUUGUCCGAUCACGCUAUCAGGCAACUGCAGGCGUUAGAUGCUGUGGCGGGGAAGGAUCCCUCAGAGGAGUCAAUAGGUAUAUAA